AUGGGGCAGAGGAAGGGAGGUCAGGGGAGGCAGCUGGGGUUGUUCGGGAGGGGUCUGGAGCCCCGGCUGUGGUUUCUGCGGUCGGUGGGCUCUGACCCAGACCUGUCCCCGCAGGAGGUGCGAGUCCUCGGGCAGCGAUUCCGCAACCCCCUGGGCCUGGCCGCUGGCUUUGACAAGCAGGGUGAGGCUGUGGACGGCCUGUACAAGAUGGGCUUUGGCUUUGUGGAAGUGGGGACCGUCACACCCAAGCCCCAGGAAGGGAACCCCAAGCCCAGGGUCUUCCGGCUGGCAGAGGACGAGGCGGUCAUCAACAGGUAUGGAUUCAACAGCCAUGGCCACGUUGCAGUGGAGCAUAGGCUGCGGGCCCGCCAGGAGACGCAGACCAGGCUCACUGGUGCGGGGAUGCCCCUUGGAAUCAACCUGGGCAAGAACAAGAGCUCCACAGACGCUGCAGCUGACUACGUGGCUGGGGUCCGGACACUGGGCCCUUUGGCUGACUACCUGGUUGUGAACGUGUCCAGCCCGAACACCCCAGGGCUGCGGGACCUGCAGGGCAAGACUGAGCUGCAGGACCUGCUGAGAAAGGUGCUGGCGGAGAGGGACCUGCUGCCCUGCGAGCACAAGCCAGCCGUGCUGGUGAAGAUCGCCCCUGAUCUCACUGCACAGGACAAGCGCGACAUUGCCAGCGUUAUCUGUGAGCUAGGUGUGGAUGGGCUGAUUGUCAGCAACACCACCGUGAGCCGCCCCAGCAGCCUCCGGAGCAGGCAGCGCAUGGAGCCCGGGGGCCUCAGCGGGAAGCCCCUGCGGGAGCUCUCCACACAGACCAUCAGGGAGAUGUACUGCCUCACCCAAGGCCGGGUGCCCAUCAUCGGGGUGGGUGGGGUGAGCAGCGGGCGGGAUGCCCUGGAGAAGAUCCGUGCUGGAGCCUCCCUUGUGCAGCUGUACACAGCCCUUGUGUACCACGGGCCACCGGUGGUGGGGGCAGUGAAGCGGGAACUGGAGGAGCUGCUGAGGGAGCAGGGCUUCAAGAACGUCAUGGAGGCGGUUGGAGCAGAUCACCGGUGCUGACAUGCUGCAGAACCAAGGUCUAGCCAGGAGGAGCCAUGACUGAGCAGUCUGAUAAUUCCAGUGCUGGGCAGGCUGGGACCAAGCCAAGGUCUUGGUCCCAGGCCCUGAGAAGAGCCUCUGAUGGGUGAAGCAGGGACUGCAUUAGUGGGGAGCAGGGGAGGGGACCUCCACACCAGUGCCACUG